AAUCAUGGGAAGAGGUGAAGAGACGACAAGGACGAGAAGACGAGAGUGGAGGAGUGUAGAGGCGAAUAAGACAGAGCAUUUGAAAGAAGAAGAAAGAUAGAAAGAGAUGAAGAGAAAGAGAAAGAAAUACAUGCAUAAUGUUAAAUGGAGGAAAAGAGAAAGAAAGAUAGCGCGUUCGCGGUAACGAAACAAAUAGGCCGGCGACUUUCACCACGUAUCCAAGAACGGCUAUACAACACACAAGCAAUAGGCCGAGCGCUCUUGGCCCAAACCACUUGAGUAUGAGGUGUACCCUCGCUCACCGUUCUCGAUGUCCUCGCAGUGGGGGGAAUCCUGCUCGAAGCCACCAGACACGAGGCAUACCCUGAGAGCCAGAGCGAACGGACCUCGAUUCUUUUUCUUUCAUCCGUAUAUCGCACGUGUUGUCUCUGUUCUCCGUGAUAGUCCGGUUACAGACACACGGUGGCAUAUCCACGACAAAACAUAUUUCGUCGGGAUAUGCAUUCCUUCGAUAGAAUUUGAAUCUAAAGCAUUGGAUAAUAGUGAUUGUUUAGUGUGCCAGAAGCGGGACCAAGUGGUGAUAAACGAAAACAUUAAAAGAAAUGCACGGGUGCGUGUUGCCGAUUUGCUGACAAUGACACGACGACGACCACCGAGAUCAGAUUCAAACUGGAUCUAUCUGUUAAUCUGGCUACUUUGGAUCGUCCUGCCUAUUAAGACCGGAGUAGUGCACAGUUAUGCAGAUAAACAGAGGUACGAUGGAUGGUACAACAAUCUGGCUCAUCCGGAUUGGGGAUCGAUUGACAGCAGGCUGAUACGAAAGAUGCCAGCAGCUUAUUCUGAUGGAGUUUAUAUGUUGGCUGGCCAGGAUAGACCGUCUCCAAGGAAGCUUAGUCAGCUUUUCAUGCAGGGUGACGAUGGUCUGCCAUCCGUUAAAAAUAGGACAGCACUAUUUGCGUUCUUUGGGCAACUGGUCACGUCGGAGAUAAUCAUGGCCAGCGAAAGUGGCUGCCCCAUAGAGUACCAUCGAAUCGACGUGGACAAAUGUGAUCCGGUUUUCGACAAGGAGUGCCAAGGUAACAAGUACAUUCCCUUCCGCCGGGCGGAUUACGAUCGACAAACCGGACGCAGCCCUAAUAGCCCUCGUGAACAGAUAAACAAAGUGACGAGCUGGAUCGAUGGUAGCUUCGUUUAUUCGAGCAGUGAAGCAUGGGCCAAUACUAUGAGAUCGUUUAAAAAUGGGAGCCUCCUCAUGGAACCAACCAGGAAAUUCCCUGUAAGGAAUACGAUGCGUGCCCCACUUUUCAAUCAUGCUGUUCCACACGUUAUGAGAAUGCUCAGCCCGGAACGCCUUUAUCUUCUUGGAGAUCCACGAACAAAUCAACAUCCUCCACUGUUGGCUCUCGGAAUAUUAUUUUAUCGGUGGCACAAUGUGAUUGCUGCUCGUAUUCAACUGGAGAAUCCGAAUAUGUCUGAUGAGGAUAUCUUUCAGAAAGCAAGACGUGUCGUUAUAGGGACGCUUCAGAAUAUUAUUUUAUACGAGUAUAUUCCUAUACUUUUGAACGAGGAUUUGCCACCUUACACAGGAUACAAGUCAGAUCUUCAUCCUGGUAUCAGUCACAUAUUUCAGAGUGCAGCUUUCCGGUUUGGGCACACUUUAAUACCACCUGGAUUGUAUCGUCGAGAUGAAAAUUGCGAAUAUAGAAGAACAAAUAUCGAUCAACCUGCGAUUAGACUCUGUUCCACCUGGUGGGAUUCUAAUGAAGUUUUAACUAAUAGUACAAUUGAAGAACUUCUCAUGGGUAUGACUUCGCAAAUAGCAGAAAAAGAGGACAAUCUUCUUGGCACUGAUAUUAGAAACAAUUUAUUUGGGCCCAUGGAAUUUUCAAGACGAGAUUUAGGGGCUUUGAACAUUAUGCGAGGCAGAGACAACGGGCUUCCAGAUUAUAAUACAGCCAGAGCACAUUUCAAGCUAUCUCGAAAGAAGACUUGGAACGAAAUCAAUCCAGAAUUGUUUAAUAAAAAUCCUUCGUUAUUGCGUACGUUAGUCGAAAUCCAUUCGAAUAAUUUGAACAAUAUGGAUGUUUAUGUCGGCGGGAUGUUGGAGUCUAGUGCAGGUCCUGGAGAACUUUUUUCUACUGUGAUAAAAGAGCAAUUUCUUCGUUUGAGAGAUUCUGAUAGAUUUUGGUUUGAAAAUGAAGAGAAUGGAAUUUUUACAAAAAGCGAGAUAGCAGAUAUUCGCCGAAUUACUUUAUGGGAUAUAAUAGUAAACGCGACAGGAAUACCAGCGAACGCGAUUCAAAGAAAAGUAUUCACCUGGGAGGAGGGAGAUCCCUGUCCCCAACCCUAUCAACUAAAUUCAACGAUGUUAGAACCCUGCGUCCCAUUACAACGUUACGACUACUUUGAGGGAAGCGAGUUGGUGUACAUAUACGCCUGUGUUUUUCUCGGGUUUGUACCGAUUCUUUGCGCCGGUGCCGGUUACGGUUUGGUCAAGCUUCAGAAUCGGCGAAGAAGACGAUUGAAAAUUCUCCAAGAGGCGAUACAGAAAAGAAACGAUGGCAAGAUCUGCGUGGACAAGAUGAUCGUGCGCGAAUGGCUUCACGCGAAUCAUCGUCGUUUAGUCAAGGUGAAAUUUGGGCCGGAAGCGGCUCUGCACAUCGUCGAUCGCAAAGGCGAGAAACUGCGUACAUUUGAUUUCAACGAUGUUAACACGGUCACGAUGGAAGAAUCGCAGGAGAAUGAAAAUGGUCAUCGUAAGCCAUUGGUUCUGUUGCGAAUACCGCGAGACUACGACCUUGUCCUUGAACUGGAUUCACUGGCCUCACGUAGAAAGUUUAUUGCGAAACUGGAGGCAUUUCUGGCGUCCCAUAAGAAGCACUUCACACUGUCCCAAGUGAGCCGGGACAUUAUGCUUGCAAAAGCGGAAACGAAGGAACGCCGUCAGAAAAAAUUGGAACAAUUCUUUAGGGAAGCUUAUGCUUUGACGUUUGGUUUACGACCUGGUGAAAGGCGGCGACGAUCCGAGGAUAGCGACAGCGGUGAAGUCGUUACCGUGAUGAGGACGUCGCUUUCUAAAAGCGAAUUUGCGAGUGCGCUUGGAAUGCGUGCGGACGCGGUUUUCGUGAAGAAAAUGUUUAAUAUCGUCGAUAAAGACAGAGACGGUCGUAUUUCGUUCCAGGAAUUUUUGGACACUGUUUUGCUAUUCUCGCGAGGAAAAACUGAGGAUAAAUUGAGAAUUAUCUUCGAUAUGUGUGACAAAGACUGUAAUGGUGUUAUCGACAAGGAAGAAUUAUCAGAAAUGCUUCGAUCCUUGGUAGAAAUUGCACGUACGACCAGUCUGUCAGACGAUCAUGUCACAGAAUUAAUCGAUGGAAUGUUUCAAGAUGCCGGACUCGAGAGAAAGGAUUACCUUACAUAUAACGAUUUCAAGUUGAUGAUGAAAGAGUACAAAGGCGAUUUCGUGGCAAUCGGUCUUGAUUGCAAAGGCGCGAAGCAAAAUUUUCUCGACACAUCAACAAAUGUAGCUCGCAUGACGAGUUUCCAUAUUGAUCAACUUCCACCUGAGGACUCAAAGACUUGGGCUCAAAAACAGUGGGAUGCCAUUUCGACAUUUCUCGAGGAAAACCGACAGAAUAUUUUUUAUUUAUUUGUUUUUUAUGUCACAACCAUUGCUUUGUUCGUUGAAAGAUUCAUAUAUUACUCUUUCAUGGCUGAACAUACGGAUUUGAGGCAUAUUAUGGGAGUUGGAAUUGCCAUAACUAGAGGAUCUGCAGCAGCUUUGUCUUUCUGUUAUAGUCUUCUUCUUUUGACCAUGUCUCGCAAUCUUUUGACUAAACUUAAAGAAUUUUCUAUUCAACAAUAUAUUCCACUCGAUUCACAUAUACAAUUUCAUAAAAUUGCUGCAUGCACUGCAUUGUUCUUUUCUGUUUUGCAUACCGUGGGACACAUGGUUAAUUUUUAUCAUGUGUCGACUCAACCAUUAGCUCAUCUUCGAUGUUUGACCAGCGAACUUAGCUUCCCAAGCGAUGCUCGGUUAACCAUUUCGUUUUGGCUUUUUAGAACUGUAACAGGUUUGACUGGAAUUUUAUUAUUUAUUGUAAUGACGAUAAUAUUUGUUUUUGCUCAUCCAACUAUUCGCCAGAAAGCAUACAAAUUUUUCUGGUCUACACAUAGCUUAUAUGUAGUAUUAUAUGCAUUGUGUUUAAUACACGGUUUGGCUCGUUUGACUGGUUCUCCACGAUUUUGGAUUUUCUUUGUUGGACCUGCUAUUAUUUAUUCUUUAGAUAAGGUAGUAAGUCUUCGUACUAAAUAUAUGGCGUUGGACAUUAUCGAAACAGAAUUACUUCCUUCCGAUGUAAUUAAAAUCAAAUUCUACAGACCACCAAAUUUGAAAUAUUUAUCUGGUCAAUGGGUUCGUCUUUCCUGUACCGCCUUUAGAUCGAACGAGUUUCAUUCGUUCACUCUAACUUCCGCACCACAUGAAAACUUCUUAUCAUGUCAUAUUAAAGCGCAGGGACCAUGGACUUGGAAACUUCGUAAUUAUUUUGAUCCUUGUAAUUAUAAUCCAGAGGAUGAACAUCCAAAAAUAAGAAUAGAAGGACCGUUCGGAGGUGGCAAUCAAGAUUGGUAUAAAUUUGAGGUUGCUGUAAUGGUUGGUGGAGGUAUUGGUGUCACCCCCUACGCCUCCAUGUUAAAUGAUCUCGUAUUUGGAACCUCUACCAAUAGAUAUUCUGGAGUAGCUUGUAAGAAGGUUUAUUUCUUGUGGAUUUGUCCAUCACAUAAACAUUUUGAAUGGUUCAUCGACGUACUCAGAGAUGUCGAGAGGAAAGAUGUUACAGAUGUGUUAGAAAUUCACAUAUUUAUUACACAAUUUUUUCACAAAUUCGAUUUACGUACAACUAUGCUGUAUAUUUGUGAGAACCACUUUCAAAGAUUAUCUAAAAAAAGUAUAUUUACUGGGUUAAAAGCAAUAAAUCAUUUUGGUCGACCGGAUAUGACUUCAUUUCUAAAAUUUGUUCAGAAGAAGCACAGUUAUGUUAGUAAAAUAGGAGUAUUUAGUUGCGGGCCCCGACCAUUGACGAAGAGUGUGAUGUCAUCUUGUGACGAAGUGAACAAAGGUCGUCGUUUACCCUAUUUUAUUCAUCACUUCGAAAACUUUGGCUAGUCUGAUCAAUAUUAUUAAUGAAAGAAAAAUAGAAGAAGAAAAACGAUGGAUUCUAUCGUGAAUUUCAUGCAAUUCCAUCAAGUGUACAUAUUUAUGCGCGUACGCUUAUUUAUAACAAGUAUUAUAUUUCUUAUUUAUAAUUAUAAAAAAUGAAAGAAUAUUUCUUUGUUCAGUCACGUUUUGAAAUGUCAGUGUGAAUGCAUUAUUAAUGUCAAU